GUCCAGAGAAAGUCAAAUCUAUGGGGACAUGUGCCAAACUCUGGGCUCAUUUUUGAAGAGUACAGCACAGCUUUCUGUGCCAACAACGCUCUUGCAAACGUGGUAGAUGUUCCUAAAACCCUCUGGACUUUGUGCAAGAAGUGUGGCAAGCACCAACCCCACAAAGUGACACAGUACAAGAAAGGAAAGGAUUCUCUUUAUUCGCAGGGAAAGUGGCAUUAUGACAGGAAGCAGGGUGGCUGUGUUGGGCAGAUGAAGCCCAUUUUCUGGAAAAAGGCUAAAACUACAAAGAUUAUGCUGAGGCUUGAAUGUGUUAAGCCUAAUUGCAGAUCUCAGAGAAUGCUGGCCAUUAAGAGAGGCAAACAUUUUGAACUGGGAGGAGAUAAGAAAAGAAAGAGCAAGUGAUUCCGUUCUAAGCUUCGUGUUUUGUUAUAUUACGAAGACAAUAAAAUCUUGAGGUUGUGUUCACUUCAAAAAAAAAAAAGAGCAUAGCACAGAAAUUACAUUUUUGUAGUUGAUGGCACACUGAUUACUAGUGAAUUUGACUUGGGUGUAAGUGGUUGAAUACUGAACAGCAGUUUCUUUUACAAUUUUGUCUAGAGUGGUUUUUUUCUAGUUUUGUGAACAUCCUGUAAAUUUAAGGUCCACAAUGUGAUGAUUUGAUACACAUAUAUAUUGUGAAAUGAUUACUAUAAUAGUGUUAAUUAACACACAUAUUGCCUUAUAUGAGUAGAUUUUUGCUGGGGGGGGGGCAGAAUAUGAGACAUAUAAGGUCCAGUCCUUUAGCUAGCAGCUUUUAAACAUGUAAUGAAGUAUUGUUAACUGUUGCCACUAUGCUGUGCAUUGGAUCUCCAGAACUUACUCAUCUUAUACCUGAGAGUUGGUACCCUGUGACCAUCUUCACCCAUUUCUUCCACCCAACCCCUGGCAGCCACCAUCUACUCUGUUUCUGUGACUUCAGCUUUUUUAUA